GCAGAUGGUCGCAUGCGGUUGUACACAUGGAGGAGAGAAUCAUUUUCGCAGUAUCCUCAAAACCGUGUCUUUUUGACACAACUGCUGACAGCUACAGGGACAUAAACACAAAAAAUGCUGCUUGGAGACAAGUGUCCACAAUAGUAGGAUUGCCAGAAGAAGACUGGAGGAGGAAGUGGAGAGGACUCAGGGACAGGUAUCAGAGAGAGAGAAGGACAGAGAAAGAGAAGAAGAGGUCUGGGUCAGCAGCUUCAGGCCAGCAGCCUUGGCGCUUCUGCCACAUUCUUUCUUUUCUGGAUCCAUUUAUUGUGCCUUGGGCAACGAGUGGCAAUUUUACAGCCAGACCCUCUACUACAUCAUCCACAAGUGUUGUCCCCACCGGUGCAUCAAGACCCUCAAUGUCACCUACAACUGCGACCAUCGCCUCCACCGCUGCAGCGAGACCCUCUACAAUGUCUACAUCAUCCACAAGUAUGACCACCAUCGGUGCAGCGAGACCCCUCUACAAUGUCUACAUCAUCCACAAGUAUGACCACCAUCGCUGCAGCGAGACCCUCUACAAUGUCUACAUCAUCCACAAGUAUCACCACCAUCGGUGCAGCGAGACCCUCUACAAUGUCUACAUCAUCCACAAGUAUGACCACCAUCGGUGCAGCGAGACCCUCUACAAUGUCUACAUCAUCCACGAGUAUCACCACCAUCGGUGCAGCGAGACCCCUCUACAAUGUCUACAUCAUCCACGAGUAUGACCACCAUCGGUGCAGCGAGACCCCUCUACAAUGUCUACAUCAUCCACGAGUAUGACCACCAUCGGUGCAGCCAUGGAAGACGAUGAAAUGGAGGAAGCACCUCUGGAUCUAGGACCACCUGAGAUUAUUAUGAACCUCACGGAAGUGACCACUGAGGACCUCGUUGAACAGGAUGUGGCCGUGGAGACAAACAGAGAGAGAAACGAAGAGGAACAACGUCACACCAGGCGUCAUCGAAGGUUCCAGAUCCACUCAACUCAUUUCAGCAGAGGCUCCUCCAAGCCGUCGAGAGGGAUGCAGCCCAACCUGAUGCUCACAGGAAGGAGGAUGAAGAGACUCUCUUUGCCAUGAGCCUGGUGCCACAACCCUGAAGAGGCUGCCUCAGCAAAGAAAAGCAGCAGUCAAAGUUAAAAUGGAUCAGCUGCUUUUCCAAGCCGAGUUCAAUGAGAUGGAGUCCAUUUAGCCGAGCAGCUCACAGGAAGGACAGGAAGAGGAGAGGAGUUGUCUGGUUGUUGUU